AUGGCACCACCAGCUAUCAUCGCCCCCUCCAUCCUCAGCGCCAACUUCGCCGAUCUAGGCCAUGACUGCUCUAAGAAGAUGGAGCAGGGCGCAGACUGGCUGCACGUUGACAUUAUGGACGGUCACUUCGUACCAAAUAUGACAAUCGGCUGCCCCGUCGUAUCUCAAAUCCGCGGCUGUGUCGAUCGACCCUCCGAACCCUGCGGUCGUGGCACUUUCGAUUGCCAUAUGAUGAUUAUGGAGCCGCACAAAUGGGUCGGAGAGUUUAAGAAAGCCGGUUGCGAUCUCUACUGUUUCCACUAUGAAGCUGCAGUUUCCUCCGUCGCCGCCAAAGAUCCUACAGAUAAAGAAACAACCGCUCGUACAAGCCCUAAGCAACUCAUUCGUUAUAUCCACGAGGAAGGUAUGCAGGCUGGUAUCGCGAUUAAGCCAGAUACCCCCGUCGAUGUAUUGUGGGAUAUUAUUGAGAGCGAGGACCCCGCGGAACGACCGGACAUGGUUCUGGUCAUGACUGUGCAUCCCGGUUUCGGCGGUCAGAAAUUCAUGGCUUCAGAGCUUCCUAAGGUCACCGCUCUGCGCCAACGUUACCCCGAUCUGAAUAUUGAAGUCGACGGUGGUCUUGGUUUGGGUACAAUUGACCAGGCUGCUGAUGCGGGAGCUAAUGUGAUUGUUGCUGGAUCUGCGAUUUUCGGCGCGCAAGAUCCUGCCGACGUCAUCGCGAAGCUGCGCGAGGCUGUCCAGAAGCGUCGCGGGGUGGAGUAG